AUGUACAGGAGGUGGAGAAACGGCAAAAUAGGCAGGGACAGGUACAUAGAAGAGAAAGGAAAGCUGGGGGAUCUGCAGUUAAAGAAACAAGAGGAGAAGAGACGGAAGGAAGAAGAAGAGUUAAGGAAAUUAAGGAAGGAAGCAGAAGUUUGGAAAUUCAUAAAUAAGAAAAGGAACAAAAAGGUAUGGAUGGAAAAUAAUAUAGACAAGAAUGAAUGGAGAAGGCACUUCAUGGAAUUACUAAAAGAGACAAAAGUGGACAAGGAGGAUGAGAGCAGGAAGAGCACAAGGCAACAAGAAGAAAAGGGGGAAGAGGAGGACGAAAUUACAGAAAUGGAGAUCAAAAUGGCGUUGAAUAAAGAUAAAAAGGCAGGAGCUGAUGGAUUUGAUGAGACAAAUAUGGAGAGAAGGAAGGAUAUCCUCGGAUUGGAAGAAAAACAUAAUAGUGCCAUUAUACAAGAGAGGAGAUCAAGAGAGGAGGGUAAUUAUAGAGGUAUCUCGCUAUUAUGUACGGCGUACAAAGUUUAUGCGGAGGUACUAAGGAGCAGGUUAGAGAUGGAGUCUGAAGAGAAGGGGAUGGUUCCGGAGAAUCAGACGGGCUUUAGAAAAGGAAGGUCAACGAUAAAUAACAUAUUCGUGCUGAACCAUUUGAUUCAAAAGGAAAGAAGAAAAGGAGAUAAAGUGGAAAAGGUGUACGCGUUAUUUGCAGAUCUCAAGGCUGCAUUUGAUAAUGUGGAUAGGGAAAUUCUGUGGAAGAUUCUACGAGAAAAGGGAAUAAAAGAACAACUGAUAAGAAGAUUGGAAAUAAUUUACGAGGAAACGGAAGUUGUGGUGAGGACCAGUCAUGGAUAUACGGAGGAGUUCCAGACAUCAAAAGGAGUAACACAGGGAUCCGUAAUGAGUCCACUUCUGUUCAAUCUGUAUACAGCGGAUUUAGCUGAAAGCGUUAUGGCUUAUGGGGUAGAAAUUUGGGGAUGGGAAGAGAAGGUAGAGUUGGAAAAAAUAAUGAUGGACUAUAUUCGUUAG